UCAUUUUUUCUUGUGUACUUGCAACCUGAGUUAUGCUGCUCUACGUAGUUUUCCUAUGCCAGAUUUAAUCUAAGCAUCAUACAAGAGUCAAGAGUAUUACUCUGUGACAAUGAGAUAUUGAUUAAAUAUAAGGUUUAUUGGAUUUUAUCACCCUCAACUAUCGGCCUUUGGCCGUUGCCACCCGCAACUAACACUUUGACACCCGGCACCCCUAACUUGACUUUUUGUUUGCACUGGCACCAGUCAGUUAAAUAUUCUCUAACUUGGUUAGUCAUUUGUCCGACGUGGCACCAUUUGGCUGAUGUGUAAAUGCUGAUGUGGAUGAUGAGGUGUUAUGUCUCUUUAUCCCUCUCGUUUAUGACACACAGACAUCCCAAAGUAAACCAUAAUCUCCAUUUCUUCAAUUCAUCCCACAAAAUCACUUCAAUAGCUCCGAUUCAUCCCACAAAAUCACAGUAAGCACUUCGAUUCAUCCCACAGAAACCCUAAUCAAGAUGAGUUCAUCUUCCAAUUCAUCGUGGGGUGUGAACCGAACCCCUAAAUUGUUCAAGGUUGAUUUGGAUGGAAACUUGUAUUGUCAUCAUGAAGUUGUUGUUGUUCUUCGCAUCGCUGGUCCUAAAAGUGUUCUAGAUGGUGAUCAAUUUUAUGGUUGCCCCCAAUGGCCUUUAUCCGAUUGCAAGUUCUUUAUGUGGAAACAAGAUUUCGACAAAUUUUUCGAAGCACAUUCAACCUGUAGUUCAAGUCCAGUCAGUUAUCAAGAAUUAAAAAAUGAGAACUUGGAAUUGCAGAACAAGUUGCUACUCGAAGAGAACAAGAUGCUGAAAAGACAAAUUCUUGGCAAAAAGUCCAUGUGGAAGCAACCAUUUCUGUUUACUAUGUGUUACAUUUUGAACAAGUGAUUUAAUUAGGUUGUACAAUAUUGAAGUUAUUAAUGACAGUUGUUUAGUCUGUUUUGAGCCAUUUGUCAUGAUUUGGUAAUUUCCAA